UAAUGUCAAAUGUCGUAUUCUGUCAAAUCCACAUGUUUAUUAUCAAAAAUGCCAUUAUACUUAAAGGUUACGAUUUAUCGAAGUAGAUAGAAAAAAUUCUUAAAUUCACUCAAUAUGGACUUCGCAAGAAAGCAACUUGAAAAAUACGGCUGGACCGAUGGCAAAGGUCUCGGCAAAAAUGAAAACGGAAUAUCGGAGGCAUUGAAACCUAAGUUAAAGAGGAGUGUCACUGGAAUCGGCUACGACGCGGCUCAAGAUUUCACUGAGCACUGGUGGAGCGCUUUGUAUGAUAAGGCCGCCAGCAAUGUUGAGGUAGAAGAAAAAAAUGGCAAAACAAAAAAGAUUAAACAAAAGGACAAUGAUUUCGAAAUUACGAACAGUACUUGGAAAUUAAAGAAGAAAUCCAAGGACAAAGAAGAGAAGGAAUAUUCGGAGUUCUUUAUCAAAACAGCGGUCAUAGACACGGGGGGCACUAAGAAUACAAAAGUAACGGUUUCCGAUUCUGAUGAAAAUGAUGAUAGGAAAAUUAUAACAAUGACCGAUGAGGAAUUGUUUGCGGCGUGCCAGGGACGGACAGCCCAUAAAGGCGCCCGUCACGGUCUACGAGCGUUGGGUAAAUUAGCAAGAAUAGAACAACAGGAGAAGAUGUUACUGAAACAGACUAAAUAUGAGGGAUAUUCACACAGAAAAGUGUUGGAAAAAGACAUUGAUACAGUUGUAAAGGACACUAAUUUAAAUAGUGACGCAGUAAACACGUUUAAGAAGAAAAAGAAAAAGAAAUAUUGCCACACUAAAGAGGAUAGCAAUAAAGAUACUGUAAUUAAUGAAGAAAUGAACAAUGUUGCCAUACAAAAUGAAGAGAUAUCUGAAACAAAAGAGGAUUUUAUCAACUCCGAUUGUGUUAAUGAAGAUAAAAGCGUUAAGAAAAAUAAAAGUAACAAAUCUAAAAAAAGGAAAUGUGUAGAUGAAGUAGAUGGUGGAGCUGAUGUAGUUAUGAAAGACAGUGGUGAUAAUAAAUGUAAUGCAAAUGAUAUUCAAAUUCCAGUGCUUUUGGAAGAUGGCCUCAGAGAUGUAUCAGAAAAACCUAAGAAGAAAAAGAAGAAACGAAAACAUCAAGAAUCAGAUUAAAUGAUAUAUAUUUAAAAAAAAUG